CCAAUAGUCCAUUCUGCACUAUUCAUUAUCAAGUUCAUGCAAGGAUUGAAUGAUGUUUAUUAGUUUGCUAGAACUCAGGUGUUGAUGAAUGCACAUUUGCCAAGCAUUGAGUCAGUUUUUCAAGCAAAUGGUGCAACGAGAAAGACAAAUGAAAGGAAUGAAUUCAGCAAAAGAAAGAGUGGAUUCUCUGGCUUUACUAGCUAGUGGUCAUCCACAACAAUCAAAAACUGGACUAUCUGGUAAGAAAUCCAGAGACUACACCAUUGAAGGAAAGAAGUGGUGUAGGUAUUGCAAAAAGGAAGGUCAUAUAAUUGUGGAUUGCUACAGGCUUAAGAACAAAAUGAGGCAAGAAGGAGAGCAGCCAUUUGCUGGUUCAGUUGAAACCACCCUUUCUGAGACUGGGGGCCUUCCUAUGCACAUAACUCUAGUGCAGGGAAUGACAUGAACAUUCAAAGUCUUCUGACUCCAUAUUAGUUUGAAAAGCUGAAGCUCAUGUUAACCAACUCUCAUUCACCUCCCACCUCACCUCACCUGCCAACUGCUACUUUAGGAAGAUUUCCCACAACAACCUCCCAUCAAACUUCUGCCAAUGCUGUUAUGAGAGUUCCUCCUCACUUCACAGCUAGUUCCAGUUCAACAGGUAAACAAUCCUAUUCUGGUUUGCUAAACUCUUUGCACAAGUCUGAAUGGGUGCUUGAUACUGGAGCUACAGAUCACAUUAUCUGUAGACUUGGUUUCUUCAUUAGAAGUAAACCAGUUGAGAAUGUGUAUGUGAAUCUUCCAAAUAGACAACAGGUUCAAGCUACUCAUAUAGGGAUUGUUUGUAUGCCUUGUGGAUUAUUCCUCACUCAAGUUCUUUUUGUUCCAGCCUUUACUUACAAUUUGGUUUCUGUAAGUAAAUUAGCCCAAAUCAUCCAGUUUAAUUGGUUUUUAAAUCAAAUUUCUGUGUCAUUCAGGACCUUAUUACUCGGAGGAGGAUUGGUUUAGCCCAAGUGGAUAAAGGAUUAUACCUGUUUUGCCAAUCGAAAAGUCAGCAGUUUGAGUCCAGUAGAGUUCAUCAACCAUUUGCAGCAGGAGUUUCCCAUGUUCAAACCUCAGAAUCCAACAUCUGGCAUGCUAGAUUAGGCCAUCCUUCCUUAGCUAGAAUGAGAGAUGUUAAAAACCAUUGUACUGAGGUUGUUUUACCAUUGACAAAACACUGUGAAGUUUUUCACUUAUCAAAACAGAAAAGAUUACCAUUCCUUUAAGUUCUUCUGUAAGUUUUGAAUGCUUUAAUAUUUUACAUGUGGAUAUCUGGGGUCCAUUAAACAAAGCUUCUCGAAGUGGUUUUUUUUUACUUCUUAACUGUGGUUGAUGAUCACAGUAGAACUGUUUGGACUUUCCUAAUGAAAUCCAAAUCAGAAACCAGAACCAUCUUGCAAUCUUUCUGCAGAAUGGUUAAAACACAGUUCUCUAAAUCUGUUAAUACCAUUCGAUCUGAUCAAAUACAAGAGUUCCAUAUGACAGAUUUCUAUAGUCAAAAUGGAAUUUCCUACAAAAUGAGUUGUGUUUAUACUGCCCAACAAAAUGGCAGAGUUGAAAGAAAACACCAGCAUCUUCUAAAUGUUGCCAGAUCUUUGAAAUAUCAGUAUGGUCUUCCACUCUACUAUUGGGAGGAUUUCAUUCUUCAUGCUGCCUACUUAAUUAACAGAACUCCUACCCCAUUCUUAACCACAAAACUCCUUUUGAGAUCCUCCAUAACGUUCCACCAGACUACAUGAGUUUGAGAGUUUUGGAUGCUUAGCAUAUGCCACUGUAGUAGAGGGACAUAAGUACAAAUUUGAUCCAAGGGCACGUAAAUGUGUGUUUUUGGGAUUUCCUACAGGAAUUAAGGGCUUUAAACUGUUAGACACAAACACCAGAAAUGUGUUUAUCAAUAGAGACGUUGUGUUUUAUGAAAAUCGCUUUCCAUUCAAAACCAAUGAGCACUUAGAUAAUAGUUCAUCUGAAGGUGAGUCACUUAAUCUCCCUUCCUACUCAGAUUCUUUUUCUCCUCAGGAUGACCCUUGUUAUGGACAACCACCCCUUGUUGUCAACCAUGCAGUAGAACAUUCUUCUUCACCUACUGCUACACCCACCAUUUCCCCUCCUGCUGCACCACUUUCUGAUUCUGAUUCUGAUGAUCAACCUGAUCCAGUUUCUUCCUCUAAUCGUUCUUCUCCUCCUCCUUCUCUUAUUCCCCCAUCUCCGGUUCAUCCUUCUCCUCUCCCACCUGUAGAGCCUAUUAGAAAGUCUACAAGGCAGAUAAUUUUCCUUCUAAAUAUAAUGAUUACUAUGUGAGUAUGGCUCAAGUCUGUUGCUCUCCUCUACUGUCUCCUGAACAGCAACACUUUGCUUUUUCUCUCAUGGCUGUUGUUGAGCCUGCUUCCUAUGGUGAAGCACUCAUUGAUCCUCGCUUGCAAGCUGCCAUGAGAGAAGAGAUCCAGGCUUUAUAUGACAAUCAAACUUGGGUGAUCACCGACUUGCUUGGGGGAAUGAAGGCCAUUGGCUGUAAAUGGGUAUUUCGAGUCAAGUAUCACCCUGAUGGCAGUGUUGAGAGAUUUAAAGUCAGAUUAGUGGCCAACGGAUAUAAUCAGGUUUAUGGCAUUGAUUAUUGUGAUACAUUCUCUCCAGUUGCAAAGUUGACAUCUGUUAAAAUGUUGUUGGCAAUUGCAUCCAUUCAGAACUGGCAUUUGCAUCACAUGGAUGUCAAUAAUGCAUAUUUAAAUGAUGAUUUGGAUGAAGUAGUGUAUAUGGAACUGCCACCUAGGUUGAAGGAGAAAACAGAAUUAAGAGGCAAAGUUUGUAGGUUAAAGAAAUUCCUUUAUGGGUUGAAACAUGCUAGCAGAAUGUGGUAUGCUAAACUGACUAAAACCCUAUUAGCGCAUGGUUUUAAGCAAUCCAAUGAUGAUUGCUCUAUAUUCCUUUCCACCGUGGAGAACUCGCUUGUAGUGAUAAUAGUCUAUGUUGAGGACAUUGUUAUUGGAAGCAUCUGUUUAAAGGCAGUUGAAGCAGUGAAGAGGAUGUUGAAGUUUGUCUUCAAAAUGAAGGAUCUAGGUGAUUUAAAGUACUUUCUUGGCUUGGAGAUUAACAAGGUUAAUGGUGGGAUACAUGUAAGCCAAAGAAAGUACUGCAUUGAACUGCUGAGAGAAGCGGGAUUUGAAGAAUGCAAACCUGCAAAGACUCCUUCCGGCGUUAAACAGGUUCUCUCUGCUCAAGAUGGUGAACCGUUUCAUGACAUUAGCAAGUUCAAGCAUUUACUUGGUCAAUUACAAUACCUGAACACAACCAGACCAGACAUAACUUAUGCAGUACAACAACUCUAUCAGUAUCAGGACUCUCCAACAACAGUUCAUUUCAAAGCUUUACAAAGAGUUUUUAGAUACCUCAAGAAUGCACCUGGGCAAGGAUUGUUUUAUCCUAGUAACUCCAGCAUACAAAUUACAGACUACAGUGACUUAGAUUGGGCGACAUGUCCAAACAGUAGAAGAUCUAUCACAGAGAAGCAAGAAACAAGGCAUUGUAUCUAGAUCAUCCUUCGAAGCAGAAUACAGGGCCAUGUCACAACUCAGCUGUGAAAUGCAGUGGUUUGUUCGUUUACUUGAUGAUUUUGGCAUUGAUCAUUCACAUCAAGCAGUCUUAUUUUGUGAUAAUCAAUCGGCGAUCCACAUUGCCAGGAACCCUGUGUUCCACGAGAGGACUAAGCAUAUUGAGGUCGACUGCCAUGUCAUUCGAGAAAGGGUAGUAAAUGGUUUAAUCAGUU